AUGCCUAAAAGAAAGCGGGAUAGUGAUUCGGAGGAAAAAAUUCAAAGAAAGAUUAAAAAAUUACAGAAGAAACUGGUUAGACGUCAAAAAGAAAAAUCAUUUACACCGGACAUUUUGUCGGAACCAAAUACUGGUAGUGACAUCGAAUAUCAAGAACAAGAAUUUAUAGUUCCUGUUGAAGGUAUUGAAAGCUCAAUGGUGGAGGAAGUUAACACCUUAGAGAAAUCUAUCUUGGAGGCGCUGGGUGAUACCACCAGCAGUGAGAAGGGUUAUGGAGAUGAAAUACACCCUGAAAUUGUAAAGAGAGUAGAGGAAAUUUUGUUAAGUGGCAUUUCACAAAAUGAGGAAAAAGAGAAGUUAAUGAAAAAAUAUUUAAUUCCAAAAAAUGUUAUGUUACUGGAUGCACCUAAGCUUAAUGUGGAAUUAAAUGGACUCCUGAGUGAUUCUAUUAAAAAUAGAGAUAAGAGAGUCAAAGACCGCCAGCAAUUACUGGGGACUGCUUUGUCUGCUAUUUUAAUAAUGACGGAUAAUAUUAUAAAAAAUAAUGUUGAUAAAAUACCAACAAUUGCCAUAUUAAGUGAUGUGGCACGAUUGUUAAGUGAACUCCAUUAUCAAGAUACCGUUACCCGUAGAAAACUAAUUACACCCAACUUAGACAAAAACAUACAUUCAAGCAUUGAAACAGCCAAACGAGACUGCUACCUCUUUGGUGAAAAAUUUAAUGAAAAUGUCAAGACUGCUACUGCUAUCAAAAGAUCAGCUGCAUCUAUUUUAAAAACUAAAUCUUCAAAUUCACAAAGAAAAGUUCCUGAUCGCCCUAAUGUGGGACCAAGGCAGGAAAACUACCGGGCCCCUCCUUGCACAAAUCGCUCGAAUCAGUACAAAAAAGGGGGAGGGGACAAAUAUCAACAGAGGACUACAGUACAACAUCAGAUAGCCCCACAACCGGGACACCCUCCAAUGAAGUAUUACAAGAAACCUGUACGACAAUCUUAA